CCGAGAUCUGCCGAGGAAGGUAGCACGCGAGUUAGGGAGCAAAACAUGACAGCGCCGGAGGAGGAGCAUCGUGGGGAGGAGGAGAGUAGUCAUACCAACCCAACUGCCCCAGCAGGGCUCGAGAACGCGGUGAGCUCAACGCUGGGGCCUUCCCCUGGGACGUUGCCUUCCUUACUUCCGUCCCAAGAGUGUGCUAACGAAAGAUUCCUGUUCCUUGCGCACCUGCCUGUUCGGAGCAAGCCUCUGCCCAACAACCUAGUUACCGACUUCAUGGACGCCGCCGAGCGUUGUGCUCUUGCCUACAUUGCACAGCCCUCGGAUUCUACACUGCUGGCAUUCCUCGCCCUUCCAAAGGUCGGCCUCACCCAGGCACUCGCUCCAGAACAGCCCCUCAGGCCGUCAACCUUCCUUCAGCAGUUCCCGCAUAUCCCCUGGCCAGAACAGCCACCCGCUCGUCGUCCUCCCAGCAAUAUUCGUCCAGACACCACCAAACAAGUCAUCAAACUCAUUGAGAAUGGGCGCCUAGGUGCGGCAGAGAGGGUGUUGGAGGAGGAUGCUUCAGUAGCCGAACUCGAUCAAGGGGUCAUCGACCAGCUCAUCGCCAAGCACCCCAAAGGGCCGUCUUGUCCAUUCGGCAAUGCAGUUGGUCCAACUCCUGGUAAAGCUCCCGACAUCGACACCAUCCAAAAGGCCCUCGACUCCUUCAAGCCCGACACAGCACCUGGCGUUAGUGGCUGGUCGGUCCCUCUCUUGAAGACGGCCGCCAAAAGGGAGCCAGUCAAGCAGUUUCUCCAACUCCUCUGCGCCGCCAUCGCCAACAACACCGCCCCUGGUCGCUCAAUGCUUCGCACAUCCCGUCUCAUCCCCUUGAAGAAGGACGAUGGCUCUAUCCGACCUAUCGCUGUUGGUGAACUUAUCUAUCGGCUAUGUGCGAAAGCUCUCAUCAUCUCGCAUUUCCAACCCGACUUCCUCCUCCCGUUCCAGCUCGGGGUCAAGUCAAUCGGUGGUGUAGAGCCGAUCGUGAGGCUGACAGAGAGAGUCUUGGAGGGUUCUGCCGGCGCUGAGUUCUCCUUUUUAGCCUCGCUCGAUGCUUCUAACGCUUUCAACCGUGUAGAUAGGGCCGAGAUGGCAGCUGCUGUCAAGACCCAUGCGCCGACGCUUUGGAGGACUUGCAAAUGGGCCUAUGGCGACUCGUCCGACCUUGUGUGUGGCGACAAAAUCCUUCAAUCCUCUCAAGGUGUUCGACAGGGUGACCCCUUUGGCCCUCUCUUCUUCUCAAUCACCCUCCGACCAACCUUGAAUGCCCUCAGUCAAUCGCUAGGUCCGUCUACGCAAGCGCUCGCUUAUCUCGAUGACAUCUACCUCUUCUCAAACGACUCGCAAGUCCUCAGCAAAACUACCCAAUUCCUCGCCGACAAGCAGCACAUCAUCAAGCUCAACGAAAAGAAAUGCAAGUUAAUCAGCUUCGAUGAGAUCAGGCAGGAUGGCUUCAAGAUGCUAGGGACGAUGGUAGGAGGUAAGGAGAAGCGAGCGGAGUUUCUGGAAGGCAGGAUUCGGAAGGAAAUGGCAAAGGUGGGCAAGCUCAAGGAUCUUCCACAUCAACACGCGCUCCUUCUAUUACGCUUCUGCAUUCAGCAAAAUCUACGACACCUGCAGAGAAGCCUGCGCUCGGACGACCUUGUAGACCUAUGGGAGAGGCUGGACACGAUGCUAUGGGAGGAGGUGAAAAGGAUGAGGAUGAGGCAGCGAGAGGAUACAGCGGAAGAGGAGGCUCUCGGGAGAUCGUUGACGAAGCUACCAGCGCGACUGGGCGGACUAGGUCUACUUUCCUUCAAAGAUGUAGCCCCCCUUGCUUACCGCUCGGCAGCCGAGGCCUCCGACACUCUCCUCGAUAACCUAGGUCUCCUUUCUUCGCCUGAGGAACCUCCAACUCCGGUCCCCCAACGAACUCGAUGCGCAGAACUCUGGGAAUCGCAACAGGAAGCCAUCCUACAUAAUCUCGGCGACACUGAACGCAAGCGACUCACCGAGAAUGCCUCCAGACUCGGCCGAAGUUGGUUAUCAGUCAUCCCUUACCUUCAGCCCCUGCGCCUUUCCAACGUCGAGAUUGCCUCGGGUCUCCACGACCGCACCCUGGUCGGCUCCUCGAUACCUGUCUGUCGCUUCUGUGGGUCGGACUCACCUUUGGGUCACGACGAGCUUUGCCGCGCCCGCAACCCCUGGACCCAGCGCCGGCACAAUGCCAUCAACCGCGUCAUCUAUCAACACCUCAAACAAAUCCAAGGUGCCACGGUUGAGAUUGAGCCCCACACGCUGUCGGGACAAAGGAGAAACGACCUUCGGGUCAGAGGUUCCAGCGCGCUGGCCUUCACUGACUACGACCUGAAGGUUUACUCCCUCGGGGACCGAGACGCGAGGAGCACAGCCACCCCCAGCACCCCCAACAGCAAACUGGCCGAAUUCUGCUUGGACCGGUGCGUGAACUGGCUCGACAAGGUGGGUCAGGUCGUCUCGAAGAACGCUCCGAAAGUCACUGGUGGGGUCUUUAAACCGAUCAUCCUUUCCACUGGUGGCCUGAUGAGCAGGAGCACAGCAGACGAAUGGAAGGAGUGGAGGGAGGCGAUGCCGGUGGGGGGGUUCGAGAAAAUGGAGAAACGGAUUGGUGUCGACGCUCUGGCCUUCACUGACUACGACCUGAAGGUUUACUCCCUCGGGGACCGAGACGCGAGGAGCACAGCCACCCCCAGCACCCCCAACAGCAAACUGGCCGAAUUCUGCUUGGACCGGUGCGUGAACUGGCUCGACAAGGUGGGUCAGGUCGUCUCUAAGAACGCUCCGAAGGUCACUGGUGGGGUUUUUAAACCAAUCAUCCUUUCCACUGGUGGCUUGAUGAGCAGGAGCACAGCAGACGAUUGGAAGGACUGGAGGGAGGCGAUGCCGGUGGGGGGGUUCGAGAAGAUGGAGAAAAGGAUCGGUGUCGAGUUAGUAAAGGCGAGGGCGAGGACGCUGGUCUUGUGA